AUGUGCGUAGACGGUACGCAUAUACGUAUCAUACCACCAAUGAAUGAUAGAGACCAUCAUUACAACAGGAAAGGAUUCUACAGCUUGAAUGCUUUGAUGAUCUGUGAUCAUAAAAUGGUAAUAAGGUACGUUAACGCUCGAUAUGGAGGAGCAAAUCACGAUUCGCAUAUUUGGAGUGUUAACGGCAUCGAUGACUUUUUUGCCAACAAGCAUCAAACCGGAGAUACGACUGUCAAAGUACUUGCGGAUUCUGCAUACCCAUCAAAACCGUGGAUUGUAACACCGAAAAGAAAUGCUGCGCCGGACUCACCAGAAGCCAGUUAUAACACCCAUCAUGCAAAAGGAAGAGAAAUUAUCGAACGCACAUUCGGUAUACUAAAAAAUAAGUCCACGUGUUUACUUUGGGCAAGACAGUUACACUACACACCUGAAAUUGCCAUAUGUAUUACAAAUGUAUGUUGCGCUUUGUAUAAUAUUUGCAUAGCGCAUAACUUCUCCGAAUAA